AUGGAGCAAUAUUCUCAAUACUUGAUGUCGGUAAAGAGCAAUAAUAAUAACAGCAAUAAUAUUCUCCUCAUGAAUCCGUCAUAUUCCGCCAGCCAGUACUCAUGGGAAGAGCAGGCGUUUGCAGAAGAUAUAGCUAAAGGGCCUCUCGGGGGUUUCUCAUGGCCGCCGAGGUCUUAUUCGUGUAGCUUUUGUAGAAGAGAGUUCAGGUCAGCUCAAGCACUUGGUGGUCACAUGAAUGUCCAUAGGAGAGAAAAGGCCAAACUCAAGCAAACUCAUCAUCAUCAUCAUAAUGUAAAUACUACUAGUAGUGAUCAUACUACGACUAUUACCACAAAUAAUAAUAAUGAUAUUGCACCACAAAAUAAACAUCAUAAUAAUAAUAAUAAUAAGCUGAGUAGUAGUAGUAGUCUUUGUAAGAAGACUUCAUCAGCUGGUCUCGGUCGUCGUUCACCACCUUCCAGGGUUUCUUCAAUACCAACAUUAUUAUUACCUCAUCAUCAAGAAAGUCUUGAUAGCAUUUCUGACACAAAGAGUUGUGUGUAUGAUGAUGAUUUUGCACUACUAGCUCAUGGCAAUAAUGGCGAUGCUGAAACAAAGUUGCUUAUAGGAUUUGACUUGGAUUCAUGUUCAAAUGUAGCGGCCAGUCGUUCGUGUUGUAAGAAGCAGAAGACAGGUGCGAAACAACCGUCCAGCAUGGUCGACGGGUUAGAUCUUGAGUUGAGGUUGGCUAGCUAA